AUGCAGUUCGCCGUGCCUCCGCGGAAGAGCGUUCCAGGCGCUCGCUCCUCAAGAAUACCGCCCUACCGGCGAAAACAGCUCAAGACGAUCGCGAUUAUCGCCUUUGCAAUUCUUUCCAUCCUCUAUUUGUUCUCGCACUUCUUGUCCUCGAGCUCGACAUCCGUGGCGCCGUCCGCUACGGCUGGUGUGGUCAUCGUGACCUUGUUGGAUUAUGAACGAUUCAGCGAGAGCUAUAUUAACAAGCUUGUCGCGAACAGGGAAGACUACGCGACACGCCAUGGGUAUACCAAUUUUUUUGCAAGCGUCUCGGACUACAAUGAAGCUUUUGGUGACUCUCCUCGAAGCUGGGCUUUGGUUCCAGCCAUGCGCCACGCCAUGGCGCUUAACCCGACUUCGAAAUACUUCUUCCAUCUGAACGCGCAUGCCCUUAUCAUGAACCCUGCGCUAUCGCUCAAAUCACACCUUCUAGAGCGCAACAAGCUCGAGUCUGUCAUGUUGAAGGAUGCCCCUGUUGUGCCGCCGGAUAGCAUUAUCAGGACAUUCUCGCAUCUGAAGGAGAAGGACGUCGAUCUGAUCGUGACGCAGGACAGUGAGGAUCUGAACCCCGGGAGCUUCAUUCUGAGGAAUGGCGACUUUGCGCGCUAUUUCUUGGACUUGUGGUUUGAUCCGCUGUUUCGCAGUUACAACUUUGCUAAGGCGGAGACUCAUGGGCUGGAUCAUAUCAUGCAAUGGCACCCGACUGUUCUCUCCCGGACUGCCGUGGUCCCUCAACGCUAUAUGAACGCGUUCAGUGAUUCGACAGCUGCCUCAGCUGAUGGUGCAUACAAAGAUGGCGACUUCAUCAUUCGCUUUCCUGCGUGUGAACAAUCCACGACUCGCGACUGCCCAGAGCUCGAAGCUUACUACAAGAUAUGGCAGAAGAAAUAUAAGAGCGAGCGGGACACCUGA